CUCACGCUGUAAAAGAGGUAAAGUGUUCGGGCGAUUUGUUUUCACUUUCAACCCAUACUGCUGAUUUACCUAACGAAAAGGAGAACGAAAUUAUUUCAUUCGCUUCGGUGAAAUUUUAAAGCCGACAUGUCACUAUUUUAUGAUGCUACUAAGUGUCGUCCUUGUAAACAGAUGUAUGGUUGAAUUUAUUUUGCUUUGUCUUAUAACGCAGGGAAGUUGAUGAAUCAGAUGUAUCCUAGCCUCUGUUACGGUUAAUUGUGAGGCAAAUAAUUAAAGAUAAAACCAACCACCAAUGGAAACGAUUGUGGCCAGAAUCAGAGGAGGGGUUAUCUGCUACCUUGCUACUCGACUUGCCUAUGAAAAAACAUGGCCUCAUCCAUCACUCUCCCAGCCCUUCAAGGUUCUUUACUUCGAUCUCAAUUCCUUGGACAAAACCCAAUCUCACAUCGUCCUCACAAGUCAUCUUUCCCGGUUGCCAAACAGCAUAAAACCUUUUAUGCCAAGUUUGACUUCUUUGAACUCUUGGGAGGUAGGGGACUUUGCAAUGGAGAAAGAGGUUUAGAAAUUGAGCUCAAGCGAAACGUAGAGGAGGCAUCACCACUUGCUACUACAGAUGACGAAAGUUCUGGCAGCACAGCAAUCCCAGUUCCAGAAGAUGCUUUUGAAAAGGAGCUGAUGGGGCUAACUGGAGGAUUUCCGGGUGGUGAAAAGGGUUUGAAAAAGUUCAUUGAAGAAAACCCACCUCCUGUAAAGCAGCCAGUUUCCGAUUCUGGAAGUAUUGCUACACUUGCUGCCACAAAGAAGCCAAAACCACCAGACUUGCCACUGUUAAUGCCUGGAAUGAUUGCAAUUGUGAAGAAUCCUAACAACCCAUUUUACAUGUAUUGUGGUAUUGUGCAGCGGAUCACUGAUGGAAAAGCAGGGGUUCUUUUUGAGGGAGGAAACUGGGAUAGAUUGAUCACUUUUCGCCUUGACGAGCUUGAACGCAGAGAAAAGGGCCCUCCAACGAAGAAUCCUAAGUCUGCUGUUCUUGAAGCUAUUCUAGACAAGGAUCCAAAGUGAUGAUUCCAUUUCAUUUCUCUCUCAACUCUCGUGUAUGAAUGAUCUUUUAACUUAACAAAUGGUAUCAGAGCUGUGAUGAUUCCCAACAAAUGGUAUCAGAGUUACGAUGAUCCAUAACAAGUGAUAUUAUAGCAUGAUUCUAGCUAUGGGAAGAGGUAAGUCCAAAGGAGCUUGAUUCAAUAAAAAAGUCAAGUUCAUGUAUUGAGAAUUGAUUUUCAUUAAGUGUGAAGACACAAAAAAAAAUAUGAUUGUGUAACUUUCAUUGCAAGUGGAGCUAAGCAUGUUUAGUAUAAAAAUAAAUGAUUUAAUAGAAUUUGAGUCGAAAUAGAGAUUAUUGAGA